CUAUCUCCCACCCACUCCCUCCGCCCGCCAUGAGACUGCUCACGCACAAUCUGCUCUCCUGCCACGCGCGCACGUGCGUGCAGACGUCGAACAACUUCCCGCUGGCGUUCAAGGAUGUGCAGCUCGAGCUCAUCGAGGCCGAGUACAACGAGGCCUUUCUGCGCGGCUUCAUCCCCAAGAUCCACUGGCCGGCCCUCGUCGCUGCCGCGCGGCAGCUUGGCGACUCGAGCUUGCCGGACCAAGGGCCGGAUGUGGGGCAGUCGAUGAUCGACGAGUCGCUGCUGAAGGCGCUGCACCACGUGCUCCUCGAGGUGCACGUCGUCGAGGGUCAGAUGCUGUGCCCCAACUGCUCGCACAUCUUCCAGAUCCGCAACGGCAUCCCCAACAUGCUUCUGGCCGAGCACGAGAUCAGCAAGUGAUCAGCUUGCCUCUCUCUCUAAGCUUUCAGCGCCGCGUUGCGCGCUUCUCUGCCUCCCUUCCUCUUCCGCUGCCUCUCUAUUCGUCACCACACCACUGUAUUCUACGCAUCACAUCCACCGCAUGUCCACACGAUCACUCGCC